AUGGCCGACAUGGCUGACCCAGCUGCUGUGCUCCAGAAGCUGGAGCAAGAGCAGGGUGACUUGAAGAAGCAGCUCGCGAUCAUCCGAAUCAGCGAGCCCAUUUCUGAUGUCGGCGGGUCCAAUCCCUCUCCUUCGAAGCGCGGCUCCGAUGUUUCUAUAUCCAAUUUGAACGAUCCAACACCUGCCUCACUCGAGGCCGACCUUUCACACUACAAGGAACUCUUCUCCAAACUACGAUUCUCUUACCUCGAACAAGUCACUAAAGAAAAAUUCUUGCGCGCAAUCGUGGGCGACCCACCCCUUGUGGUCGGACACAAUGAAAAUGUCGAAUUGGAGACCCAGCUAGCAGAGGUGAAAGCCGAGCUCAAAUCGCGAAAGGAAGAAGCCCGUCUCAUGAUCGAGGAAAUGGAGACAAUGGGCCGAGAACUGGCGCGCCGAUACAAGAAUGUCGAGGUUCAAAUGACACAGCUCUCAACUCUCCCCGACUCGAUCGAGAACCUCGAGUCCACCAUCGCGGGUCUGCGCGCGAAGCAGGUUGCCGGUAUGACAUCCUCGGAUCUUCGGUCCUCCCAGAACCUACCACUCCCAGCCACCAUGGCGCUGCUAUCGGAACGAGAGGCAGAGUUGGCCGCAUUGAACCGACAAAUUGCUGCUGUGCAGAACACGCUUCCGCGAAAGACUCGGGAAGCCGAGGCCAUUGAGCGGGAGUGCACAGUUCUGGAGCGACGGAAGAUUGAGGCUGUUACACAGGCGCGCGAGGCCCAGCGCAAGAAGCAGCAGGGAGAGAGUGAUGGGCUUGAGGAAAUGGGCCGCUGGUACAGAGGCGCGGAGGAGACAUUGAAAGAGAUGGUAGGCGUUUAG